AUGGCGACAACGAUCUCUAAUCUUCCGAGGGAGUUGAUAGAGGAGAUUCUUUCUAGGGUUCCCUUGAGAGCCAUGAAAGCAAUGAGAUUAACUUGCAAAAGUUGGAACAAUUUAUCUAAAAGUGAGAGUUUUAUGAAGAUGCACAUUGGUAAAGCUGCAACAAGAGAAGAGAAGACCAUGAUGGUUGCGGUGAUGCCUCACACUCUUGCUUUAGUGAGCGUUGUCGUCGACGGCGUUAAUCCAUCUACAGAGCUUAAAGGUCAGUUUAGUUUCCUUGACAAGGAAUUCUUUAUAUAUCGAGUCAUCCACUAUGAGGGUUUGCUGUUAUGUAUUUUGAAAGACGCUACUAGGAUUGUGGUUUGGAAUCCGUAUUUGGGGCAAGAAAGGUGGAUCCAAAUCAGAUAUUCUCACCGUCCACAUGGUGUAGACCAUUUCAAAUAUGCUGUUGGAUACGCCGACAAGGUAUCUUGUCGUAGCGUUAAAUUACUGAGGUUUUUAGAUUAUUUCCACAAAGCAUCCGAUAAACCAUUUUUUUGGUAUGAAAUCUACGAUUUUGACUCUUGUUUAUGGACAACUCUUGAUAUCACUCCACAUUGGGGUAUAUCUUGGACUUACCCUAGAGUUUCCCUUAAGGGAAACACUUACUGGCCUGCUAGAGAAAUGAACACAAAAGGUUUCCAAGAUCACAUAAUCUGUUUUGAUUUUACAAGUGAGAGAUUUGGUCCGCUUCUACCUCUACCUAGGGCUCAAGGAUGUCAUGUGAGUUUAUCUUGUGUUAAAGAAGAGAAGCUUGCAGUUUUACUUAAGCACCGGCUGCACCACGAUUCAUACGAAUAUGAGUUUGAGAUAUGGAUUACGACUAAGAUUGACGUCGAAAUGGUGUCGUGGAGCAAGUUCUUGAGAAUGGAUAUGAGACCUAAGAUAAAGCUUCCACUUAGUUUCUACGUUGACGAAGAGAAGAAAGUUUUCAUGGGUUUUGAUCAUGGGGAAUAUCCCAAGUUAUUUCUUAACAUCAUUGGAGAGACUGGAUUCUUAAGAAAAUUGGAUCUCGGAGUACAUGAAGGCCACCGUUCGCCAUGCUCUUAUGUUCCAAGUUUGGUCCAAAUCAAGCAUCCUGCAGGAGACAAAAUGAUAAAACAAAGUAGUUUAGAAGACCGUCGAUUUGCUCAAAACAGUUUGAGACUUGCUGCAAUUGAAAAGCUCAUCAAUUAG